CUUUUUGUCAGGCCAGCAACAAUAAUGCCAUCCACUGAUCGUGCAUUUAAAAAUACGUUCCACAUGCAUGUAUACAAAACGUUCAACGUACACAAGAGAAAUCUGGUUUUAGUUUGAACGCGGCGUGUAUGCAUACAGUGCAGACAGUUUGUUGUUGUCUAAUUUGUGUUACUACGGCGAGUGUAGUUUACCUAUGAAUUAAUUUAUUUAAAUCAUUAUUAUUUGCUAAUUUGAAAAUAUUAAUAUGAGCAAAGAUCAGCCAAUUUAAAAGCGAAAAUCAAGUGAAAGUAUUGAAAAAGUGAGCACAAGGAAAAACAAGUGCAGCAAAAAAGGAAUAAUCUCAUAAAUGUGUAAUUAAGUGCUUUUAUGUGAAAUUUAGAAAGUGUUAAUGGUGGUAUGUACUUGAAAAUCGGCGAAAAUUAUAAAAUGCAUUAAAAAUAUUGAAAUAUUGAGUGCCUAGGCGCAAGAGUUGAAACGUACAUACAUAUGCAUAUUUAAAAAAAACAUAUAUCUACGAUUUGUUGACAAUAAAAAACACAUUUCAACAAACACAAAGACAGUUCUGUUAAGAUUGCUAAACAGCGGAUUUGUUUUACUAAAGUGUGCCACCACCUUUGCAACUGUUCACGGAAUAACCGACUACAACGAAAUGCACUGAAAGAGUGUACGAAAAAACGGCAUAAAAACCAGAGCUGAAACCAGACAGUUGCUAUAGUAAUUAUUAUUAUUCUACUCAACGGUACAACAGUGAUUUUAAUUGAAAACGUGCCGGCAGCAGCUACAGCAGAGGUAGCAUCCACAUUUCCAUCUACGCCGGUCAUAGCAACAGACCUUAUUCUUCCCCAGCGGCAACAUGACUGUAAAACUCACAAAAUUCUUCAGUAGCGCAGCCGCCAUACCGACAAUGACAACGGCUACGCCUGCCAGCGAAACGGCUGCCACCAGCUACCAUCAUCAACAGCAACACAUACAAUUUAUGCAACAACAACAGACGCAACAGCAUUCGUCGCUAACCUAUAAUCCGUAUAUUGCGGGCGGUAUGGAUAGCGACGACUUUUAUGACGAUGACAACAUGUCGUUAUACUCGAGCGCCACCGCUGGCAGUGGUAUUAUGACGCAGCGCGGUCAUUCAUGCAACAAUUCACAGCGUCCGCUGUUGGGUGAAAGGAAACCGCCAAAAAUGCUGUUGUGUAGCAAUGCAACGAAGAAAACUAAGAAGUCGACUGGCUUUAAUCAACCGCAACGUCACUUGCAGCUACAACAACAUCAACAACAACAACAACUGCAGUAUCAGCAGCAGCAGCAACAUGAGGGGAAACCGCAAUUGCUGCCGCAACAGAAAUCGUAUAUCUCGCCGUAUGUGCAGCAGCAGAAACGUGAUAGCGCCAAGGGUUUGCAUGGCUUUAACGAUUUCGAUAUUUUGUCACAGCAAUAUACGGAGCAUUUACGUAGUAGUCCCCACAUAGGUUACCCUUACGGCAGCCCCCCUUCACCCUCGGCAAAGUCUAAUGAUUUCGUAUUCGAUCCGUUGCCACAGCAACAUAUUUUAUAUGGGAAUAACGUGCACCACCAACAACAAAAUGCGAGCCAGUAUCGCAUACAACAGACAGGAUGUGACAUUAAUGAGACGGAUUACUCUUAUUAUGAGCGAAACGCUUACAAUGUUAGCGGUAUUGGUAGUGGUGGUAAUGGUAGUGGCAGUCUAAGCGGUGGUAGUAAUGGUCUCCCGUCCACCGUGCAUUAUGCACCCCCAUCACAUUAUAUGGGCAAAUCGUCACGAUUUGAUGAUGAUUUUUGCACUCGCCGUAAUGCCACAUUCUCUGAGCCACAGCCGGUGGCAUUAGCAGAGCAGGCUUGGACACCUCCAAUUCCCGCGGUCACUGAUGAUAUGAGCGGUCCUUUCAUUUUUGGUGGUGCGCCGCAUGAACGUUUUAAUCAUCACCGGCUACAAAACAGUAAUAGCACAUCACCAAAGGCACCAAAUCAACAGGUUUUCACUACAUCUCCGGCCGUUGAGGACAGUCCGUCGGAUUGUCCGAUUGAUGUGGCAGACAAACAUCCACCGUUCAAUGACCAAGUGACUGGGUUGAGCAGCGACACUAGUUCCAGUUCACGUAACAGCAGCAGCAACAAGGGGCUGAAGUUUUUACUGCGAAAGAGCAAAUCAAAACGUAACGGCAAAGAUAAAAAAUUCGAUACGUCUGGCGGGGAAACGAAAUCGCAACAGGAGCAACUGAAAACACCUUCCAUCAAAUGUGUGCUAGUGGGCGAUGGUGCUGUGGGAAAGACCAACUUGAUUUUGACUUAUUUGAAGAAUCGUUUCAAUACGGAGCAUGUGCCAACCGCAUCGGAUAUAUAUAACGCGGAUGUUUUUGUUAACGACAACCCUGUACAUUUAACCAUAUGUGACACCGCAGGACAAGACACAUUGGAUAAUCUGCGACAAUUGUGUUACCCCGAUAGCGAUGUAUUCGUCCUAUGUUUCUCCGUUGUGAGACCAGAGACUUUCCAUGCUGUUAAAACGAAAUGGGCACCGAAGUUCUCCAAAUCAAAAGCUUCCCUUAUACUCGUUGGAACACAGACCGAUUUGCGCAAAGAUUCGCAGGUGUUGAAAAAUUUGCAGCUUAAUGGCGAAUGUCCGAUUUCACAUGCAGACGCCUGGGAUUUGGCUGCGAGCGUAGGGGCGAAAUACAUUGAGACUUCAUCGGCAACACAGGAUAAAGUCAAAGAAGUCUUCGACACUGCAAUUUGGGAAGGACUGACACCCACUAUUUUGCCUCCCACACCAACGCCACCAUUAUGGAAAAAGAUGUUGUGUUUGGCGUAGGAAUGUAUAAAAGAUAUAUAAACCCAAUGAUGCUUCCUAAUAUGGUAUAAGCACACCUACAAGUUGCUGGAGACUUUACAUAUAUAUCUACUGUUAUUCAUAUAGUAAUACAAUUUGCUUAAGUAUGUAUUAUUGUGAUUAAAGUUAGUGUGAAGUCCAGCUUUAUAGACUGAUUAAGAUUAGAUAUAUAUUUAUGUAUAUGAGUCCAUGCUACAGUUACAGACAAUUGAAGGAUUUAAUUCGUUUAAUUCCGAAUUCAAAAUACUUAAUUAAAUUUAUAUUUAACUUUAUUUAUAAAAUUUCGAAUAUCAGCACAUCUAUGUUAUCAAAUUUGUAAUUAAGGUCGAUUUUUGUCAUUUGUUAUUAAAUUAAGAUUCAUAUCUUCAUUAGUGACUAUGAAUAUAUAUCUGUUAAGUACAAUAUUAU